AUGUAUGCACUCCCAUCAACUGAAAAUCAGGGAAACAGAUACGAUUAUCUUGUUCCGCACAAAACCGUAAGUGUUUCCUUAUUGUUUUUAUCGAUUUUAUGGUGGAAACGGAAGUGAUUUGCCCAAUUUUGCUGGAGCAGCUGUAGAAAAGUUUGAUUAAAUUGAUACUGACUUUUUCGAGUUCAAAAAACUCGCAAUUCGGCCAAAAUUUUGAUAUUGCCUUGUUUUAGGUACCUCUUUUGGGUUUCCCCAAAAUUAUCGAAAAAUCAAGUGUUUUCAGGAUUUUGGGCACUUGGUGUGGAAGCUGGAUCGGUCAUCAUUGGAUGUUGAAGGAAACGAAGUAAUUUGCAGUCCACAAUUUGGGCCAAAUGGAGUCAAAGAUGCCGGUUUCACGGUAAAGGUGUAUCCAAAUGGUUUUGACGAAAACUCGGAGGAAUUUGUCUCAAUUUUGGUGUCUUCUACCGAGAAUUGUGGUAAGGUCAUAGACCGUGAUGGAGAUAUUUAUCUCUAUAAGGAUGCUGGGUUCAACGAAUUUCUUGGAUGGAAAUUGGAGUUCAGCAACAGUAAAGGUCCAAUUGCACUGGCAAGCCGACGUCCGUUGGUGAAUGUUAAGGACUAUGAAAGUAAGUGUGAGCUUCUGAAGCAGUUUUUGGUUUCUUUCUUGCGAUUUUAGGGACUAAAAUUUGAUGCGUUAUGGAUAAUAUAAAUUGAUGCCUAAAAUUGGUUACGUGCGUGCUACUUUUAGACCAAGCGCAAGUGGGACUCGUGUAUGGCCGAAAGAAAUUUUUCCGACGUUCUGAGCUUCUGAAAUUGUUGGAGAAUGACCCACUAACCAUCGUAUGUUACGCUCGACGUUUUGUUCGCCGCACCGUGUAUUUCGAUGAGAACCUGAAGCCAGAGCAUUCGGAGAAGGACAAGGUCUUCGAGGAAGCUCAGCGGACCGAAGAGGAGCUGGAUUCGUUGCGCAGAAAGAAGGAGGAGCAAAAACAAAAGAUGUUUAUGGAAGAGGAGGAAGAGGACGAAAAAGAUCCCGAUGUGGAAGAAGUUGAAGUCGGAAAAGAGGAAGAAGACGAGGAGGAUGAUGAUGAGGGACUUGGAGAAGAGAGUCAGAAGACAGAGGACGAUGAAAAGUGGGUUUUAUUCGGAAUUUUUGGGUUUUAGGCGAAGUGUAAUAUAAAAAGAUGAUCGAAUGUGGGAAUUCGCUCAUACCUGUUGUUCGAAUUGAUGUCAAUUACAUUUAUUUUGUAUGAGAAACCCUUUUGAGGAAUUUUUUUUUUGGAUUCGUCUUUUUUUAUCGAUUUUUUCCAUGUUCUGUAUUUCAGAGAGUCCGAAGAGGAUAAGGAGUCGGAAGACUCUUCAGAAGACGGAGAAACGAAAAAGGAUGACGAGGAAAAGAAAGAGGAGGACGAAAUGAAUCCAGAGGCUAAGAAAGACGACGAAAAUGAGUCCAAAAACGAGCAACAAAGAGACGAUUUUCAAGGAGAACCAAAAAAGACGUUCGAAGAAAAAGAAUGGAACUCCUACAAAAAGAAGGGGAAUCAUGACGUCCUACUGAUCUUCAAAACAGGUCCGGAAGAGGUAAGGGGAUUAAAUGACUCUCAAUUUGGAGAGUUUUAUAUAAUUUUUGUCUAAAGUAAUAUGUAAAAAUGUCAAAAUUUUUUGAUUUUUUUGACAAGGAAACUACUUCUAUGGGGUAUGGAGUUACAGGUCAAGAAAUGUAUCAAAACAAUCGCAAAAUUUUGCUGAUUCAGAAUAUGUAAAAAUUAGCUGCCUAAUUUUGGUCUGUAAGGUCGAAUAAACCCCUCAGAACUUUUCUCACAAUACCACGCAAAUCCCUUUUUAACCAAGUUUUUACCAAUUCAAAAGCUUUGUUUGGAGCUGGUGUAAACCCUGGCAUCUUGGCAAGCCUUAAAAUAUCAAAUUUGAUUAAUGCUACACUUAAUCAGUUGUUCCAAGAUAAAAAAGGGCCAUUUUUAUACUGAAACUAUUAUUAAGGUGUAGUACGAAUCAAAUUUGAUAUUUUAAGGCUUGUCAAGAUAUUAGGGUUGCUUUAGCACUCAACAAAACUUUUGAAUUGGUAAACACUUGGUCAAAAAGGAAUUUGCGUGGUGUUGCGAGAACAGUUCUGAGGUUUUUUUCGCCCUUACAAACCAAAAUUGGUCAGCUAAUUUUUACAUAUUUUGAAUCAGAAAAAUUUUGCGAUUUUUUGAUAUACAGUGAAGGACCCGAUCCAGUGGCAAAAAACGUAUCAUUUUGCAUCCGGGAAGUACGAAAAAUGUGGCAAAAUGCUUCCCUCUCCAAGAGAAAAAAUCUCAGAUUUCAAAAGCAUGCCUGCUCUUUUUGUGAGGGAGCGAUUCAAAACGAAGUUUUUUUUCACUUGGAGAGGGAAGCAUUUUGCCACAUUUUUGAUACUUCCGGGAUGCAAAAUGGUACGUUUUUUGCCACUGGAUCAGGCCCCCCAUUGUAUGUUUCUACCUGGAAUUUCAUACCCCAUGGAAGUAAUUUCCUCGUGAUAAAAUUGAUGUUGGUCUGAUUUUCAGUUCGAUCAAGCGGUGAUCUGCAAACACAGCGAAUAUUUCCGCCGAGAAUGCGAGAAGGCCGAGGAAAUGUUUGAUGGAAUGGUUGUGAUUGACAUGCGAACGUACAAGUACAGCAUGUUUGUUCCGAUCAAGAUGUUCAUGUACGAGUACAAAUGGCCGCUGGAAGAGAACAUCGAUCCGAUGUUUCUGCAUUUGGUGAAUUUCUUGGAAAUUGAAGAGCUUAUGGUCAGUCUUUGAUAUUUUUUCAAAAGGAAAGUACUUCUAUGGGGUAUGGAGUUACAGGCCAAGACAUAUACAAUAGGGGACCUGAUCCAGUGGCAAAAAAGUACCAUUUUGCAUCCGGGGAGUAUCAAAAAUGUGGCAAAAUACCUCCCUCUCCAAGUGAAAAAACUCCGAUUUCAAAAGCGCGCCCGCUCUUUUUUAAGAGAGCCCUUCAAAACGAAGUUUUUUCACUUGGAGAGGGAAGCAUUUUGCCACAUUUUUUAUGCUUCCCGUACUCAACAUGAUACGUUUUUUGCCACUGGAUCGGGUCCGUCUCUGUAUCAAAAAAAUUGCAAAAUUUUUCUAAUUCGGAAUAUGUAAAAAUUAGCUGCCUAAUUUUGCUUUGUAAGGGUGAAAAAAUCCUCAGAACUUUUCUCGCAACACCAUGCAAAUGCCCAUUUUUUACUUUGGAACUACUAUUAAGGUGUAGUAUUAAUCAAAUUUGAUAUUCUAAGGCUCACGCAAAUGGCUUUUUGACCAAGUUUUUACCAAAUUAAGCCUUAAAAUAUCAAAUUUUAUUUAUACUACGCCUUAAUUAGUAGUUGCAUUAUAAAAAAGUGGCAUUUGUGGUGUUGCGAGAAAAGUUCUGAAGAUUUUUUCGCCAUUACUAGUCGCGGAAAAAAGUCCUGGGAUUUUCUCGCGCCCCCCAAAUUCCGUCGCGCUCCGAAAAGUUGAUUUGUCGCGGGAAUCGCGUGCGACAAUAAGGCAAAAUCAACAAAAUUGCACUGUGCAAAAGCACUUUUCGGGUUCAUGCACAGUGCAGAGUCGCAGAAAAAUCCCAGGACUUUUUUCCGCGACUAUUACAAACCAAAAUUAGGCAGCUAAUUUUUACAUAUUCUGAAUCAGAAAAAUUUUGCGAUUUUUUUGAUGUAUCUCUCGACCCUGUAACUCCAUACCCCAUAGAAGUAAUUUCCUUGUCAAAAAAGUAGAAUAAGAGGCUAAAAUACGACUUAUUUUGGAUUUUUUCAGCUCUACAUUGACCACUUCCUGACCUUCAAUCUGCGCCCAGGCUAUAGCCCGGUUAUGCUGAAAGUGGCGAAGGAAUACAAAUUGAAGACCCUGCAAAAAGCAUCGGGACAAUAUAUCACCGUUUUUUACAGCAUUUUCGAGGCAAUGAAGACGUUCAAGGACUUUGUCAAGCAAUUUUAUGACGUUAUUGGCGAGGCUCUGAGCGGUUUAUUCAAAAAUUUUAAGUUUUGGUAA